GGAGGAUAACCCUGGGAACAACAGAGAACGUGGUGUCGGCUAAGGGGGAUCUCUUCUCCCCCUGGGCCAUGGAACAGGACCCGUCCCAGAGCCACAGCCUGCACACUGAACUACUGGAGCGCCACGACCACAGACAGGACUACAGCACUGAGGAGCAGAUGGUGCCUGGCCCUGCAUCUAUGUCCUACCAACCAGACAUAUCUGUUGGCAGACUUCCCUCUCCAUCUUCUGCAGUGGAGGAUUGCAAAGGCAGGCACAGCUAUGAGUCGCACCUCCGUGAUGUAGCCACUGUCCCUGAGCACAAGACUACCAGACCUGGCCCUGUCAGGGACAUGGGACACCCCCACCACCACCCCUUGGCUCCAGUCAUGCCCCAGGACUACAGAAUGUCCCCUGUCCAUCUGUCCAUGUCCUCCAAAACCUACCCUGGGCACCUGGGUUACAGUUACCCCAUCUAUGGCCACUACACCACUAACCAGGGCAUGGGUCAGUGGGGUGAGGGUGGGACAGGACAGUACCCUGGACAGUCCUUUCCUCACCACCUGCCCUUCCUCACCAGUCAAACACUGACUGCAGACCACGGCACCCACCAACGCAGCGUCCAUCACCAUGGCAACACAGAGGCAGAGUGGAGCUGGAGCCAUUACUUGAGUUUGGACAAUGAGGCUGAUCUGACGAUCAGAUCAGAAUAGCUAACUCUGACACACAAAGCGGAGGAGCUGGGUUUCAUUCUGUGAACAAAGAUACUUGUGACAUUUCAGAACAGUUUCAGAGGUCAAAAGUGAGAGCCUAUGGUCUUUGUGCAUGAGGUCCAAACCAAGAUAUCGUAAAGUGUGUUUUCUUAACUUGUUCUCUGCUAUGGACAUGUGUGUCAAGAGGAGUGUGUGCAAUUUUCUGUUCCCAGUUUAUACAGGGCUGCAGUCCUAUUUAGCUGAAAUAGCAGAAGGCUAUUUGAGCUAUAUACUGGACUUAAUGGACUGAGCCUCCUCAUACUGUGCCUGGUGCUCCAUAUGAACUGCAUUCAAAUGUUUGUU